AUGGCCUCCGUCAUGGACCUCUUCCUGCCGAACCUCGGCUUUGGCUGGUCUUCCACCACUGCGUGGAUGUACCUCUUCAUCGCCCUUUGGCUUCAUCGCUACACUCGUCUCCUCGUCAACUGCGUCAGUCACUGGGUCUACAAGUCCAAGCCUAUCCCCAGCAAGCCCACCUUCACCGCUGAGGAUGUCACUGUCAUCAUUCCCACUAUCCACAACGUCUUCGAGGAGCUCCGCCCUUCUCUGCUCAGCAUUCUGGCCUGCAACCCGAGCGUUCUGAUGCUCGUCACCACUGUCGAGAAGCACGCCGCUCUCGAGAAGCUCGCUCGCAGCCUCCCUCACCCCAAUGUCCAGGUCUACUCCACCCCGAUCGCCAACAAGCGCCUCCAGGUCUGCGAGGCUCUUCCCAAGGUCACCACCAAGAUCACCAUCAUGGCUGACGACGAUGUCACCUGGCCCUCGACCCUCAUGCCCUGGAUUCUUGCUCCCUUCGAAGACCCCAAGAUCGGUGGCGUCGGUACCUGCCAGAGAGUUAAGCGCGUUUGGGAGGGCGACUGGUCCACUCGCAUCUACAACUGGCUUGGUGCUGCCUACAUCGAGCGUCGCAACUUCGAGAUCUCGGCCACCCACAACCUCGACGGCGGUACUUCCUGCAUGUCUGGCCGCACUGGCGCCUACCGAUCCGAGAUUCUUUCCAGCCACGACUUCCUCGAGGGUUUCAAGACCGAGAAGUGGGGCAAGUACAUCCUCAAUGCCGACGACGACAACUUCGUCACUCGCUGGCUCGUCAGCCACCAGUGGAAGACCUGGAUCCAGUACGAGAGCGAGUGCGAGCUUGAGACCACUCUGGAGAACAGCUCCAAGUUCCUCUACCAGUGCUCCCGCUGGGCUCGCAGCAACUGGCGCAGCAACUGGACCAGUCUUGUCAAGGAGCGAUACGUUCUCACUCAGCAGCCUUGGUGCACCUACGCUCUCCACAUCGCGACCUUCACCUCUCUUGCCUUCGUCUUUGACCCUCUUAUCAUCUUCGCUCUGUGGAAGGGCACCGCCGACUGGGACAUGGAGAGCCGCCAGCAGGCUCUCUGGGCCCAGAUCAUCUUCGUCUUCGGCUUCACCAAGGUCGUCAAGCUCAUCGGUCUCUUCCGCCGCAACCCCAGCGACAUCAUGUUCCUUCCCGUCUCCAUCAUCUUCGGCUGGGGUCAUGGACUGAUCAAGCUCUACGCCUUAUCAACCCUCAAGAUGACCUCCUGGGGCAGCAGAGCCGAUGGUGACACCAACGACGACAUCCGUCUGACUCCUCGUCCCAAGCGCGCCAUGAGCUUGACCACGCCUCCUGGCGGCCAGGACCUCGUCCGCUACCGCUUCGAGCGCCAGAUGACCGAGAAGGUGUCCGACUGGCACGAGCCUCGCCGUCCCCUGGCCGUCAGGAUGAACACCCAUCCCGCCAAGGACGCGAAGCCUCACGUCACCUUCUCGCUCCUGGAGCACCCUUCGGGUUAA